AUGGGCCCGAAGCUGAAGUUGCUGGUGAAUAAGCCCGCGAAUGGCGAGUUCCAUGUUUCUAACGAAGCUAUAACCGGAAAGGUCGUGCUGGAGCUGGAGAAGCCGGCGCCCAUAAAAGAGCUAUCUGUAACAAUGCGGGGUACAUCACAGACAAUAGUUGAGAUGACACCAGAGGCACAGAACCUGAUACGGCCGCACUUCCCUAUGAAGUCGAGUCAUACGUUAGUGAACCAGAAGCGGCAGCUAUUCCCUCCUGCCAAUGUUAGCAAAGCGCUAGACGGACCGGGGAAAGGGUUCCAAGUGACAAAGGGUUCGUACAGCUACGAAUUCGAGCUGAACAUCCCGCAUUGGCUCAAAUGCAUGGGUGACCAUGGGCCUCGGGGGGCAGGCUUCAACAAGGAUGAGGAGGAGCCACGGCUUCCGCCCAGCUUCAACAGCAUCGCGUCGCAAGCCCCAGCAAACGAUCCUAUAAGCUUCUAUCACAAAAUGGGUACAGUGACUUAUUACGUCAAAGCACAACUAAUACUAGGGAAGAGUAUGUUCAGACUGACGCCGUCAGACCCGAUUUUGGAGGCAUACGAGGUGAUUAAUUUCUUCCCGGACCCCAACAAAGAGCGCAGUUCCGCGGGCCGCACGCAGAGCUUCGUGUCCAAAAAAGCAGUACAAUUUGAGAAGGAGCUCUCAGCGCGUCUCGAAGUUAGAGCAAAGCGUCUCCAGGAAGUCCACCGUUUGGAUCACCUUUUCAAGUCCGGAUCUCGUCGCCUUGACAGGGUAUAUUUGGUUUUCGAAACACCCCCUCCCCCUAAGUUUGCUCUGUCAAUCACCCGUUGCAGGCUGCAGCUCGUCGAAGUAGUGAAUUAUCUCUCGGCAGGUCACAUUAACGCGGUUACUGGGCUGAUUCCAAUCUUGGAUGUCCCUCUGGACCGACAAUUGGACCCAUCGAGAAUACGCUGUUUGGAGAACGGCACCGCGGAGUGGCCACUCGACCUCAGUAACAACCCAGAGUUAGCAAGCUACAGAUUCAAUGAGGAGAACCUCAUAUUCCAAGGAAACAAGUUGUUCAGUUUUGUUUGCUGCAAUAUACGACGCGCCUUCAAGUUUCAUCUGACCUUGACAUUGAGCGCAAAUGGAAAGAGCUUCGAAAUAGACAUGUCAACUACAACAAGCGCUAUUUCCCUUGCCUCCGCCGAAGAGCAUGAGCCUUUGCCAAGGUACGACGUUUCGGAUGCUCCACCCGUUUACCUUAAAUAA